AUGGCACAGUAUCAACACUAUAUCCCUCAGUUUCUCCUGCGCAACUUUUCCCAUCCAUACAAGCCAUCAAAAGAAAAAUGGCCCAAUAUCAGGGGUAGAUCUCGCGCCGAGAAAGGCAAGCACAGAGACGACAAGGUGCUCAAUAUCGUGGACCUCACCUCCGAUGAGCCGCGGUUGCUCGAGUCACCGGUAUCUCGUUGGUUCGGCCAGAACGACAUGUAUAAAGAUUUCGCAGAUGUCAUCAAAAGCAAGAAGGACGUAGAACAAGAACUUUCUAAACUUGAAUCUCGGGUAGCUGUCAUACUUCAGAAGGUUAAGAAGGCCCUUGAGGCUAGUGAACCCGGGAUAUGGCUCACGCGGGUGGAGAGAAACAUGCUCCGAAAGUUUCUCUUUGUCAUGAAGGUCUACAUGGCCGACAAAGGAAUGACGAGGCCCAGGGAUGUAUGGCUGCACAACCUCCGCACUAUCCUGGAUCUCGAUAUGGACGCCGAGGGAAACUGGAUUACCAAGCUCCCGGAAAUCAUGUUCCCUGCAGACGCACAAAUGUUUAUCUUUCAUGUCCAAUCAUCCUACAUGGCUUUCUGCACACCUGCUGAUAAACACAACGAGUUCAUUCUCACAGAUCAAUGCUACAACCUCUUCGAGGGGCCGAUUAAUGACACCUUUUGUGCCAAAUCGGGCGAUUGUCUAUUACCUGAGCCACUAGAGGAUUCCGACCCUAAGAGUCGGAAGAUACGUCAGAAAAUGCACAAUGUAGCAGCAGCGCAGUUUCCGAACCCAGAGAAUAUCAAGUCCAUCCUUUCCGAUCUGCCAGUGGCGAAAGCUAAAAACUCUUAUACGAGAGUCGUCAACGGCAAACUAGAACUUGCGCCAGGCGCGUCGAGAUCACCUCGACACAAUGACAAAUUUUGCUUUCAGUUUUGGCCAAUUUCUACAAAUCAUGUGGAUACGAUCAACUCUAUCUUUCUGGAUAAUCUUUUGCAGUGUAAGAGCGUUGUUUUCAGCUCAAAAGCCACUUUUAAACGAACACUGGAGGUUUAUAUGACCGCGUCCGCCCGCGACUUCAAGAAGGUCGGGAUUGCGGAGCGAGGGGCUCGAAUUGACCGUCUCACCUGUCUAAAGAUGUUGUCCACUGUGCUCAAGAUUCUCGGGUCAAAGAGCGUACCUAUCUGGUUUGAUAAAGACGAGGAAGCAAUCAAGCCAUUUGUUCAGUCUUUCGACGAUGUUUGGUUGGAGAUGAUGAAGAAGUUGUUUGAAGAUGGUGAUGAGCCCUUAGAAUCCGAAACUGCGCCGUUCUGGCAAGCAUACUACUCACUAGGCGGGUCCAGAAGGUUGUUUGUCAAGGACUUGGACCAGUCAUGGAGACUCUACAAGCUCCAAGCGCUGGUCUAUACGUUGACCAUAAAUCUUGACAAUUGUCUCAGGCGAAAAGCCAGAAUGAACGUUCGAGAACUUAUUCUUCAGAAUCACCCUAGACGUGUUUGGUUGUACGUGAAGCACCGAAGAUGGAUGCUCUCGAAUGAAUAUGCGAUGCACCAGGAGACAUACGUUGGCAGUGCCCCUCUAUUAUCCGCGAAGACGAGAGCACUGUUCAGAGCGGAGCGAGAGGAUGAGGUCGUGAAGGAUAAGCUCAACAUUGGUCAACGGUAUCUGUCUAACCUUAUCGAUGUGGCCGGAAUGUUUUCAAUAAUAGACGAGGAAUUAUAA